AUGCGUUUCCUUCACACUCUCGCAUCCGCGUGCACCAUCGUCGCCGGCUUCGUCGCUUCUGCCUCGGCCGCCAAGUCGAGCGAGCAACGAUACGACGAAUUCCGCCGAUUAUCGAAGAUCUCUUCGACCAUCUCUCUGAACGAAGAAUCGUACAAGGAGCUGACCAAGAGGCCCCGCGAUUACACUGUUGCCGUUCUUCUCACCGCCCUUGAGUCGCGUCUUGCCUGUCAAGUCUGCCGCGAAUUUCAGCCGGAAUGGGACCUCAUCGGACGCAACUGGGUCAAUGGGGACAGUAAGGAUGAGGCACGCACGUUAUUUGCUACUCUCGACUUUGCUGAGGGCCGUAACGUCUUUAUCGAUCACGGUCUCCAAACCGCUCCCGUCUUGUUCCUCUACCCGCCUACCGUCGGUCCCCAUGCCGCUGCCUCCGCCGACCCACUUCGCUACGACUUCGUCAGCGGUCCCCCGACCGCUGAGGAUGUGAAUGACUGGAUUAUCAAGAAUCUGCCUGGUCGUCGCCACGUGCUUAUCCGUCGUCCCAUUAACUACGCUCGCUGGGCGUCGGGCGUGACGCUCGUCGUCGGUGUCUGUACCCUGGCCGCCACUCUUGGUCCCUAUGUUCUGCCUAUCGUCCAGAACCGCAAUGUCUGGGCGGCUGGUACUAUGGUUGCCAUUUUGCUCUUUAUCAGCGGCCACAUGUUCAACCACAUUCGCAAGGUGCCAUACGUGAGCGGCAACGGCCAAGGUGGUGUCACAUAUAUUGUUAACAACUUCUCAAAUCAACUGGGGCUGGAGACGCAAAUUGUGGCUGCGAUUUACGGCAUUCUGGCAUUCACCACCAUUGCCCUCGUGUUUCGCGUCCCCCGCAUGACGGAGCCGCGCAGCCAGCUUAUUGCCGCUCUUCUCUGGGUCGGCGUCAUGUUCAUCUUCAACAGCUUCUUGAUGAGCGUCUUCCGCAUGAAGUACAGCGGGUACCCCUUCUCGCUGCCCCCGUUUAUGUGA